GCAGCGGCGGCUGCGGCGGCGGCGGCGGCGGAGGAGGCUCCGGGAGCCGGCGCGAAUCCGGCCCCCGCUGCGGGACCCGGCCACAUCUGGACGAGCCCCGCCUGGGCCGAAGCGUGCGGAGGAUGGAAACACUCCCCCGGCAAUGUCUCUGGGCCGUCUCCUUCGCCGGGCCUCCUCCAAAGCCUCAGACCUCCUGACCCUCACCCCGGGCAGUGGUGGCGGGCCCCCCUCCGUCCUGGAGGGGGAGAUCAUCUACUCCAAGAACAAUGUCUGUGUGCACCCACCAGAGGGGCUGCAGGGGCUGGGGGAGCACCACCCAGGCUAUCUGUGCUUGUACAUGGAGAAGGAUGAGCUGCUGGGGAGCACCCUCAUCCUCGCGUGGGUCCCCAACUCUCGCAUCCAGAAGCAGGACGAGGAGGCGCUGCGCUACAUCACCCCUGAGAGCUCCCCGGUGCGCAAGGCGCCCCGCCCGCGGGGCCGGCGCGCCCAGAGCUUGGGGACGCCCCACCAGCCCUCCCCUACGGAGCCCAGGCCCGCCCUGACCCCCAGAGACGAGGAUGCCCUGGUGGUGGUGCAGAGCAUCCAGGACGCCGUGCACGUCAGCCCUUCACCCCCUUCCGAGGACGGGGAGAAGCUGGCCCAGGGCUUGGGGAUGGCCCCGCCGGCGCCAGCCCACAGCGACUCCGGGAUCCUGUCGGGGGUCAGCUCGCAGGACGGGCCAGAGGAGGGGCGGGAGCCCCGGCCCGAGGCUGGCGAGGAGGAGGGUUCCCUUGAGCUGUCGGCGGACGGUGUGAGCAGGGACAGCUCCUUUGACUCGGAUUCCGACGCCUUCUCUUCGCCAUUCUGCCUCUCGCCCAUCAGCGCCGCCCUUGUGGACAGUGGCAGCUCCGUGUUCCUGGACAGCGAGAGCGGCUCCCCGUCCAGUGCCGAUGCCCACCUGCGGUUCCCGGAUGGCACCGGCCUCCUGCAGACCCCGCGCUGGGACGAGCCGCAGAGGGCCUGUGCCCUGGAGCAGAUCUGCGGCGUGUUCCGUGUGGACCUGGGGCAGAUGCGCUCCCUCCGCCUCUUCUUCAGUGAUGAGGCCUGCACCAGCGGCCAGAUGGUCCUCGCCAGCCGCGAGAGCCAGUUCAAGGUUUUCCACUUCCACCACGGCGGCCUGGACAAGCUGUCCGACGUGUUUCAGCGCUGGAAAUACUGCGUGGAGACGCACCUCAAGGACCAGCAGGUCACUGACGAAAAGACGUGCAUGCAGUUCUCCAUCCGACGCCCCAAACUGCCCUCCUCCGAGACGCACCCUGAGGAGAGCAUGUACAGGAGGCUGGACGUGGCGGCCUGGCUGCGCCACCUGAACGAGCUGGGCCAGGUAGAGGAGGAGUACAAACUGCGCCAGGCCAUUUUCUUCGGCGGCAUUGAUGUGUCAAUCCGGGGGGAGGUCUGGCCCUUCCUGCUGCGGUAUUACAGCCAUGAGUCCACGUCGCAGGAGAGGGAGGCACUGCGGGCGCGGAAGCGCCGGGAAUACGCCGAGAUCCAGCAGAAGAGGCUCUCCAUGACCCCUGAAGAGCACAGAGCGUUCUGGCGCAACGUGCAGUUCACCGUGGACAAGGAUGUGGUUCGGACGGAUCGGAGCAACCAGUUCUUCCGAGGUGAAGACAAUCCGAAUGUGGAGAGCAUGAGGAGGAUCCUGCUGAACUAUGCCGUAUACAACCCAGCCAUCGGCUACUUUCAGGGCAUGUCAGACCUUGUGGCACCCAUCCUGGCCGAGGUCCUGGACGAAUCAGACACCUUCUGGUGCUUUGUGGGUUUGAUGCAGAACACGAUAUUCGUCAGCUCUCCUCGAGACGAGGACAUGGAGAAACAGCUGCUCUACCUGCGGGAGCUGCUGCGGCUGACACACCUUCGCUUCUACCAGCACCUGGUCUCGCUGGGUGAGGACGGCCUGCAGAUGCUCUUUUGCCACCGUUGGCUGCUGCUGUGUUUCAAGCGCGAGUUCCCCGAGGCCGAGGCGCUGCGCAUCUGGGAGGCCUGCUGGGCGCACUACCAGACGGAUUACUUCCACCUUUUCAUCUGCGUGGCCAUCGUGGCCAUCUACGGGGAUGAUGUCAUUGAGCAGCAGCUGGCCACCGACCAGAUGCUCCUGCACUUUGGAAACCUGGCCAUGCACAUGAACGGGGAGCUCGUUCUCAGGAAGGCCCGCAGCCUGCUGCACCAGUUCCGUCUCCUGCCCCGCAUCCCCUGCAGCCUGCACGACCUGUGUAAGCUGUGUGGGACCGGCAUGUGGGACAGCGGAUACAUGCCCGCCGUGGAAUGCACGGGCCACCACCCGGGCUCGGAGAGCUGUCCCUACGGGGGCACGGUGGAGACGCCUUCGCCCAAGCCCCCCAGAGAAGGCAAGAAGGGCCCAAAGGUGCCUCGGGAAGGCUUCGGUUUCCGCAGAUAGGUGGGGCUCCCUGCACUGGACGAAGGUGGAGGGGACCUCAGCAGUGGUCCUGGGCACGUGGGAGGGGACGGGGAAUGGUAGAGAAACGUAAGGAAAAAGACUUGGGGCGACAGGAAGGGAACAUUUUCAUAGUAAUGACGUAAGCAGAGUCUCGAAGUGACUGAAGUAAGGCCCACCAGCUACCCAGAGAAAAGUCACCUCCCAGAACAGUGGGGCCGGAGUGCGCGGCCCUCCGGCCUGGAGAGGCAGGCUGGCUGGCUUCUUGGGCUGCCUGCCUGUGGUGGGUCUCAGCGUGCCUCAGGGACUCCGCCGCGGCAUCAGCACCGGGCGGCACUGCCAGGCAGCGAGAAAGGCCUGCUCCCGCUGCAGCACAGGGACUGCAGAGCAGAAGGGGGCCCCAUCCAGGCCAGGGACAUCUUUGCAAGCUGGACACGCCUCCUCAUCGGGCCCCAUUUUCUGAGCGGGCCAGUCUCAACUUUGCACAGUUUCAUGAAGAUGUCUGCAAAAAAAAGAAAAAGAAAAAUCCUGGUGACUUCACGGUAGACAGGUGUAGGAGCAGCCUGAGGGUCUGAGAGGCUGGGGGCUCUUCAGUGUCCGUUUACACAUUUUAUACUCCUGGUAUGUGAAAGAACCUGCCUGCCGCUGAGCCCGAGCCUCAGGCUGUUGGGGGUUGUUGGACCCCUCUCCUGUAGUUGCGGGGGAUGGUUCUACAUGAGGAUCUCUGUUUAAGGUCAAGCUCACCCAACACAGCAGUCUGCUGGGGGCCGCGUGGGGUGGGCUGUGUGGGCGCCGACGAAAUCUCCUCUGUCUGAGGGAAGUGGGACUGCAUUAGCUGAGCACCCGAGACAGAAGCAUCCAAGGGGCCUGGAAGGACCCCCGCUUCCCUGCAGGGCCUGCACCGUGUGACCGGGGGCCUUCUCAGGUAGCAUGGCGCAGCGGCGACCCCAUAAUGUAGCCAGCACUCAGGACACCGUUCCCAACUCCAGAAGAUUCCUGUCGGGUGAUCCUUCUGGGAUUUAGGGAGACGGACAGAGGAGGGCGUGGGAGCUCCCGACCAGCUGGAAAGCAUCCAGCCAUCUGCACAGAAAGCCACUUCUUGAGCUGGUGGGCUCACAAAGGCUUGAAUCCUUCCCUGAAUCCUGCACACCCGUGAAGUGCUAAAGGUCGUCGUGGGGACACCACCUCGACGGAGGCUUCUUCCUGCUCUCCGCUCCUCUCCCUGGAGAGUGAGCCACGCUGCCGGUGCCACUUUAAAAAGAUGUUUAUCGACAGAAGAGAGGAAGUUACCAGCCUCCUCCUUCGAAGCUUGUCUAUUCUCCAUGAGCUCAAGUCCUCCAGCAUCUCCGAGUUCCCAGAGCCUUCUGGGGAGAGCCCCCUGGAGCCCCCUCAGUCCCCAGAUCUUGGGGCGCUGGCCGUUUCAGCCCUGCAACAGGGUCCAGGCUGGGUGGGGUGGACUUCUCACCUGCUCUGCGUCUGGGAAAAGGGGAUUGCCUUUCUCUGCUGGCCCCCGUCUGCUGCGGAAAAGGUGCUGCAGUGGUCCUGCGUUGGAAACCGCCUCCCUGUGAACAGGAGUAUUGGUUAACCACCGCGCUGCAGCAGGGCUGUGUGAUGAGUAGCCCCCAACCCCAUCUCCCACACCGUCCAGGGUCAGCAGUUUAGACUGGGCACUUCUGGUCUUGGCUGGGUGUGUUCCCAUAUCUGGUCAGCUGAUGGUUACCUCCCAGAGGAGCUGCUCACGUGUGUAGAACUCAGACCUGGCACCGUCUCUUGCCUCCGUGCUGCAAGCUCACCCCGGUCAAGGCAAAAACGCAGGAACAGAAAUGCACAGGUGCCUUCCUAAGCCUCGGGGGAGGCCACUCCUGCUGUCAUCCCAUUGCCAAAGCGAAUCCCAUGGCUGGACUCAGCAUCCAGAGGUGGGGGGAGUGGACCCCUCCCUUUAGCAAGAGGCGCUGCACAGUGAUGGCAGGGGGCUGGGAAUUCAGAGGGUGAGGAGCUGGGCUGUGGGUACGGCUGCCACCCCCUCCAGGAACUUUUGGGGCUCUCCUGUCAGGGGCAGGACUUCUCCCGGGAAGGCAGGAGAUGCCCAAGGGGCAAGAGGAUGCUCCUCAGCUCCUCCUGUCUAGGAGGUAGCAGCCGUGCAUUUUUCUGAGAUACCUUGUGCCUUUGGGCUGCUGUGCAUGUGGGGUGGGGGGGUGUCCAGGGAUCCCUUCACUUUGGAGGACCCUGGAUACAGAGCAUUCACGCUGAAUCUCCCAGCUCCCACAGCUCCCCAAGACCCGUACCAAGUGCCACCCCGCCCUCACUGCUCCCGCCUCACACCCCUGCGCUGAGCAGGGCCCCAGAGAUCUACGCCUCUUAGAGCAGCCAGAAUCUCAGAAGCCGAAGACCUGGUUGUGUGGGCUCUGGAGGGCUGGGGAAGGCCUGCCUUGCAGGACUCCCUUAAUCUGGGUGCAAUUAGAGGAAACCAGCCAAAAACCCUGCAGCCCCAGGAUUAUUCCCAGCCAGCAAAAGGCAUUAGGGUGAUAAUUCCGUCAUUAGACUUCUAGCCUUCCCACCUCCCAAACGUGCAAAUAUGGGAUAAUCAGCCCGGCACGGCCAUCCUCGGUGAUGCUGCUUAUUUAACCCAUUUUUUUUAAAUGACACUUAAUGUUAUUGGCUGGUGUGCGUGUGCACGCAUACUUAAUUUCCCCACCGCUAAUGUCUGUGCUGACGUUCCAGGAUGUCGCCGGGGCCCCUGGGAAGAGAGGGAGCCUUUGAUAUGCUCCUCCUGGCAUAGAUGGGGCAGCAUGGCAGGGGCUUGCUGGCCCAGGGAGGUUUCACGCUCCCAGGGAAGAAGGGGUGGCAGGAGGAUGCUGGGUCCCGGGAGGGUGGGGGACACAUAGGGUGGCGGGGUUGGGGCCUGGUUAGGUGCAGAGAACAGUGUGCUAUUCCAGAAGGCUCCAGCUUGAGUCCCAGCCAGGAAGACUUGGAAUCCACAAGUUGUGGGAAUUGGUGUCCUUGAGCCCAUCAGUGGGGGUGGAAUGGAUGGGGUGGGGAGGGGCCCCAGCCCACCUCUGCAGAAGGGGGGGGUCUGCAGUCCAGGAGGGGAGGCCUAGCUCCAUUGGCGCGCACAUGCACACCAGCUCUGUCUGCACGCCAUCAGUAGGCAUGUUGUCCUGGUCUGCUGCAGAUGUCAGGCAGCAUGCAGGUUUUCAAAUCCUGACUUCAGGCACGUGUCCUUUGAGUUUUUCUGUAAGAGCCCAGCCUGAAGCCCCAUCCGGGGCGGGCAUCUGGACAGGACGAAGCUUCUGGUCCUAAGACAGAGGCUUCUCCCAGGCUAAGUGGCGGUGGCUGGCAGAGGUCAGCCACACUGAUCUUCGACGGGUGGACGUACGGAAAUGGGGCAAAGACUGGGGGCCUUCGUGGUGGGGGGUGGUGCUCUGUGGCUUCCCCCUCGGUUCUUGUGAGGUCCCUCCAAGCUCUUGUGGCCGUUUCUUGUUUGGUAGACGUCUGUGGCAGUGCUCGGGAUGAUGGGAGUCUGCUCAGGGCAAUGCCCCGCGGAAGCUUCGGUCCUCCGUCUGGCCUCCCCUCCCCUGCAGGGAGGCUGGCGGGUGUCAGGGACACCGGGGUUCACCCGGCGAAGAAAAGGAAACUUCUUCCAGUCUGUCUGCCCAGCAGAGGCCCCUGGUGGCCGCCCCGUAGGGAGAAAGGAAGAGGCGUUCCCCCCGGGAAGACCCACACACAUGUGCAGGGGUGUGGACUGAGCCAGAGGAGGUGGCCCGAGGCCAAGGGAGGGACCCGAGGCUGGACAUGCCACCUCCCCAGAGAUUCCAGGGAGCCAGACAGCCUAGGAUCCCAUUAGGCCUGUGUUUCUAAGCCACACGACAAGGUUGUCCCUUAAAGUGGAAACAUUCUGUCUCUGAAUGUUCCUGGCUCAAAGGGAAUGGCCCCAAAACUAACCAGUUUUUGUCCUUCCUAAUUGUGAAGGCUGAGACCAGGGCUCCCCCUAGGGGAUGAGCAGUGUUGAGCCUCAGUUUCCCCACCUGUAGAAUGAGAAGGAUGACGCCCACCCACGCACCCCACUGAUGGUCGGUGUGAAAGCUCUCCUGAGGGGUGGUUUACCAAGCCCCCUGGGCCGUCACCCGCCACUCGGAAGAGACCACCGGCCUUGGCCUUCAGCAGCUUUGCCCAGGAGCGGCAGCGUGCCCCCGACUCCGGAGCUCUCCCAACUUCAGGAGUCAGCAAACCCACUCCCUCUCAUGCCCACCUUGCUGCGAAUACCCGGCCGACGGGAAACCUCUCUGUGCCUCUUCUCUAACGUUCACCCCAUGCCACCCCACUCCUGCCACCAAGAAAAGUCAACCAAGAUCCAUAACCUCAGCACCCCUGCAAGAUGUUCAUCUCUUCAGCGGGAAUGUGGUCCAUGCGUGCAAGGUCUUCCCCCUCCGCUGUGAAAACCACCCAAGCGAGGACUCUGGCCUCCUGGGUCAGUGCUGUUGGACCCGGGGAGGGGCCUCCCUGGGCCUCCAGGGAGCAGGGCAGGGGUGCACACAACCUGCAGGCAUCGGGCCCUUUAAAUACAUCGCAUUGAAUUUCUAGGUGGGAAGAGAACCUUCCAGAUUCAAAGAGAGCUCAACCACAGGGCUCUCUUCCCUCCAGCACCUCUGCUUAGAGGGCAGGGCUUUGCGGUUGAAGGAAAAUUUUAACGCAACAUCCACCAUUAUCAACAGAUUACUGUUGGCCAUGGCAAGCAGUUCUUUCUCUGUGUUUUGUUCCGUUUUGUGACUACAGCUACCUGUCAGUCUAGCCCUGCCCCUGGCCCAGCACUGGUCACCACAACCCCCUGGUCACCAUGACCCAAAAAGUGUUUCCAGCUCUCAUGGAUUCCCCUUAAAAAGUAAAUAAAAUCACACUGAUGACA